AUGGGCUGGAUUCAAGGUGUUCUGGUACGAUGUGUAUUAAAUAUAUUUGGUGUAAUGUUGUUUCUAAGAUUAACGUGGAUAACAGGACAAGCUGGUAUUGGAUUUGCCUCCCUUAUUAUAUUAUUAUCAUCGUUUGUAACAGCUAUUACUACCAUGUCUAUGUCAGCAAUAUGUACCAAUGGUGAAGUUAAAGGAGGUGGUGCAUAUUACAUGAUAUCAAGGAGUUUGGGACCAGAAUUCGGUGGUGCUAUUGGUGUUGUAUUCUCUCUUGCUAAUGCUGUAGCAGCUGCUAUGUAUAUUGUUGGUUUUGCUGAAACUGUCAAAGACCUAAUGUGGGAACACGGGGUAAUGAUAACUGGUAAUGAGUUACAUGAUGUAAGAAUAAUAGGAUGUGCUGUAUCGUUUUUAAUUCUAGCCAUUGUUCUAAUUGGAUUGGAUUUUGAAGCAAAGGCUCAGCUCGUGUUGUUAUUUAUUCUUUUAGCAGCUAUAGUAAACUAUUUUGUUGGUUCUCUUUUACCAGCAUCAAACGAACAGAAAUUGAAAGGAUUUUAUGGAUAUUCAGAUCAGCUGUUUUAUGACAAUUUCAAUCCUGAUUUCCGGGGAGAUAAUAAUUUCUUCUCUGUUUUUGCGAUAUUUUUUCCGGCUGCAACUGGUAUCCUUGCUGGUGCCAACAUCUCUGGUGACUUAAAGAAUGCAUCAAAAGCCAUACCGAAAGGAACGUUUCUAGCUAUCGUUCUAACAUCAUUAGUAUAUCUGGGGAUGGUAUGGUGUAUAGGAUCUAGUAUGUUACGGGAUGCUGUUGGUAUGGUAGAGUAUAAUUUAACGGAUGUCUCAGAAUUAACAAUAGAUAUUGUUAGUCAAUGCAGUAACGCAACAUGUCCAUAUGGUCUUCAUAAUGACAAUGCUGCCGUGGGAGUAGCAUCAGCCUUCAGACAUCUGAUUACAGCUGGUAUAUUCUCGGCUACAUUAUCAUCUGCAUUAGCUAGUAUGGUCAGUGCGCCUAAAGUCUUCCAGGCUCUAGGAAAAGAUAAGCUGUUUCCAUAUAUUCAUUAUUUUGCCAAAGGAUUUGGUAAAUCUGGUGAACCCAGAAGAGGUUAUUUCUUGACAUUUGCUAUUUGUAUUGGUGUAACAUGUAUCGGUGCUUUAGAUAUCAUUGCUCCAAUCAUCUCAAAUUUCUUCUUAAUGGCCUACGCUUUAAUUAACUUUUCUUGUUUUGAUGCCUCGUUCGCUAACACUCCAGGUUUCCGCCCAGCGUUUAAAUUCUAUAAUAAAUGGAUCAGUUUAAUGGGAGCUAUGUUAUGUGUUGGUGUUAUGUUUUUGAUAAACUGGUGGGCUGCUCUUGUAUCAUUUGUUAUCAUCCUAGCUCUGUAUAUUUAUCUCAAACAUCGUAAACCAGAUGUCAACUGGGGAUCUUCAUCUCAAGCCCAUGCUUAUAAAGAUGCUUUACAAGCUACUAUGAAACUGACUAAUGUUGAGGAACAUGUGAAGAACUUCAGACCUCAGAUAUUGGUAUUGACAGGUUACCCUAGAAACAGACCAGCUCUGGUUGAUUUUGUAUCAACUAUAACAAAGAAACAAAGUUUAAUGAUAUGUGGCCAUGUCUUUCUGGGUGAUAUGUAUGAACAUGUUGGACGAUUAAGAUCAACUGCUGCUUAUAAAUGGUUCAAAAGUCGAGACAUUAAAUCUUUUUAUACAAGUGUAGCUUCUCCAAAUAUAAGAUAUGGCGCACAAGUCUUGCUUCAGUGUCAAGGUAUGGGGAAACUACGACCUAAUACAUUGAUACUAGGCUACAAGAAUGAUUGGCAGGUAGAUGACCCCAGAGCGGUAGAUUGUUAUUUUAAUGUCAUUAGUGAUGCCUUUGAUCUGAAGUAUGGUGUUGGUAUAUUACGAGUACCUGAUGGUUUAGAUGUGAAACAAGAAGGAACGAUUGAUGUUUGGUGGCUGUUUGAUGAUGGAGGUUUGACAUUAUUAAUACCCUAUAUACUAUCUACCAGAAAACAAUAUAAAUCAUGUAAACUUCGAGUAUUCUGUGCUGGAACAAAGAAGGAGAACAUGGACGAAGAUCAUCAAAGAAUGGCAACUCUAUUGAAUAAAUUCAGAAUAGAAUACACUAGUAUAACAGUAAUACCCGAUUUAAAACGAAAACCAAAACGUACCAGUUAUAAAGAAUUUGAGUCGAUGAUAUAUAGAUGGAGACUGGGUAAUGAUGAAAGUGGUUAUGAUUAUCCUUGGAAGAUAGCAGAUAGUGACCUAGUCGCUCAUAAACAGAAGACUUAUAUGCAAAUAAAACUACGUGAGAAGCUACUGGAACAUUCAUCAAAAGCCUCAUUAAUAGUAUUGACUUUACCUGUACCAAGAAAGGUAUCCUGUCCAGCAGGGUUAUAUAUGGCAUGGUUAGAAAUGUUAACAAAUAACCUCCCACCAACCUUGUUACUGCGAGGCAAUCAACAAAGUGUUUUAACCUAUUUCUCUUAA